AUAGCUGUGGUCCUGAAAACAUAUACGCCUGAGGGCCAGGAUGUGCCAAACGAGAUGGUAGCUACGCUCAUGGUUAUCCUGGUUAAGAUAUUGGAGAGACAAGAGCUCACUAUCAGGAUAAAAAACUUGCUCAACAAUAUUACGGGAAGAGAUGGUAGUCCAUGUUUCCCGGAGCUUGUCUUUGCUUUCGUUCAACAGGCGAACUCGUCUAUUCUGAAUCAACAUACGAGAGAUCUGCCACUGGUGCCCCUUCAUAUGUGGAGAACAGUAUGGGCGUUGUUGGUUGAGAUGGCCAUACACUCAUCGAAUACGGAC